GCAACUUCUCUUCACAAAAUCCUUCCCCCGCUUCCCCAAAUGAAAGAAAUAUUUAAAAUCUUUACGGCUUAAAGGCAGCUCCCUUUAAAAAAAAAAAAAAAGUAAGCCAAAUUCCAUUUCCACCCACUGACAUCUGAUAAAACGAAGACAAAUCUAAAAAGGGAACGAAGUUGGAGGAAGUUGGAGAAAACAAACUUGCAUCUCUUAUCAUCCCGAGUUUAUUCACCUUUUUUUUUUUUUACUUACCAACUAUUCCUCCUCCCUCUCUUUGCUGGAAUGUCUUUAUCAGCCAUGAAAGGACUCCACCUCUCAAAACCUUAAUUCUUGGACAUCAGGAAAAAGUUUUUUCCCCCCCCCCCUUCCUUCCCACAAACCAAUCAAUGGAACGGGUUUGCUGUACGGAUGAUUAGAGAAUACAUUCUUUAAAAAGAAGACAAGGUGAUGAUGGAGAACUGGUGGUUUUAUUAUUAAUGUUAUUAUUAUCACCGUGAUCUGAGAUCUCAUCGGAGACUUGGCUUUAUCCUUUGCAACAAGAGAAGGACUCAUGGCAAAUUGGCUGGAGCGACUUUGUUAUCUCUUUUUGUGGAUUUUAUUUCAGGUAUACAGAAUUCAUACCUGGCUGCAGAAACACCCUGGUUUCGAUGUUCUCACCCAAGCAUCGCAUUAUUGGCCUCUGGAGGCUGUGGAAGGAAUCCAUGAAUUACAGGACAUGAAUGGAGUGCUAAGAUCCCACAACUUCACUGUGCUUCAUUACCAUAAUUCUACUUUUGUUUAUACCAAUGAUUCCGCCUAUUCUAACUUCUCUGCGACUGUAGAUAUUGUAGAAGGCAUUGUAAACAAAGGCAUCUAUAUUCCGGAUGGCAAGGGAGUAACGUUUCUCCUUUUUGGAAACUAUCAAAACUCUUGCAUUAUUAACCCAGAAUUGUGUGAGCCUGAAGGUGUGACCUUCUCCUUUUUCUGGAAGACUCAAGGGUAUCAACUAAAGCCUGCCCCAGCAUAUGGGGAUCAAGUCCUAUCUAAUGGAUUUAAAGUCUACUUCGGUGAACACAAAGGCUCUGUAGAACUCUUUAACCGUCACAUUUCCAAGAAGUGGGCAGCAACUUUCAUUUCACCAGGUCCCCACUGGACUCAUGUCCUGUUUACCUGGAAAUCUGAAGAUGGUCUGAAAGUCUACAUCAAUGGGACUUUGAACGACGUUGAUGCCUAUGGGAAACAUUUCUACAAUUAUGGUGACUCCAAUUCCAAUAUGCUGAUGGGCUCAGAAGGCAGCCAAGGAAAACGCUACAUCCAUGGAGCUUUUGAUGAAUUCAUCAUAUGGGAAAGAGUGCUGACACCAAAGGAGAUUGAACAGUAUUUUACAGCUGCUGUUGGUGACCAGUCUUUGCUUGCUUCAACAGCUCCAUGGGGAUGGCAAACAACUGCCACGCUUCCCGUGAUCUCAAGAAAUGCCUACCAAUCCACCAUAAUUAGUCUCACAGAGGGAAAACGCCAUGUCCAGUACCCACCUGCCACGUUGGACUAUUUGAAAAACAUUUCAUACGCCUUGCCUAAUGAAUCUCUCACAGCAAAUAUUGCAUACAAUCUUACUGAGAUUUUCUUUAAAUCUGUGGAAGGAGUUCUUAUGCUACCUGGUUGGAUUGACAUGACCCAGACAGCAUCCCUUGCUGGAGGGCUGGUGUCCACCAUCGACAAUGUGAUAUUUCACGUCGCCCACAACCUAGGAGGAAGCCCUUCGACCAUAACUGUCCAAGGCACCUCACCCGUGGCAGAUUACUCCCUGGUUAAAAUACCUCCUCAGUUCCUGAAUGUACCUCAAUAUCGCUUCCCGUUACAAGGACAGAGUUACAUUUCCAUCCCUGGAGAAUCUUUCCAAUAUACAGCCUGGAUUACAGUCGUGGGUCUCUUCUACCACUCUAUGCACCAGUACUUCCAUAGCAUCAAACCGACGGACACCAACAUUCCUGAAGCCGCUGCCUGCAAGGAGUGUAUGAUUUUUGCUACUAGCUACAUCAUCUCUUUGAAAAUGGAGCCACCCCCAACCCUGUCUCACAAUCUGUCAGGUUCUCCCCUCAUCACCAUCCAUAUGAAGCACCGACUGGCUCCACUCCAGUAUAGCCAAGCUGUGAACCAAAGCAAUGAAGUGAAACUGUACUGUGCCUUUCUGGAUUACAGAAGCGGAAAUGGUGUUUGGUCCAAUGAAGGCUGCGUGCGCGAUGGGGGCGACCUCAAUUAUUCUGUCUGCCUGUGCAACCACCUCACCAACUUCGCCAUUUUGAUGCAAGUAGUGCCACUACAAUUAACAAACAGACAGAAGGUGGCAUUGUCUUCUAUCAGUUACAUAGGAUGUUCCAUCUCCAUCUUCUGCUUGACUAUCACUCUGGUCACGUUUGCAAUUCUGUCCUCUGUCAGUACCAUCCGUAACCAGCGUUAUCACAUACACGCCAAUCUUUCCUUUGCUGUCUUGGUUGCUCAGAUCUUGCUCCUUAUCAGCUUCCAGUUUGACCCUGGGACGAUCCCCUGCAAAAUCUUGGCAAUUCUCCUUCACUUCUUUUUCCUGAGCACCUUUGCUUGGAUGCUGGUGGAAGGGUUCCAUCUCUACAGCAUGGUGAUCAAAGUGUUUGGAUCUGAAGAGAGCAAGCUCUUGUACUACUAUGGCAUUGGAUGGGGUUGCCCACUCCUGAUCUGUGUCAUUUCCACAACUACAACUGUGGAAAGCUAUGGAGAACACAACAACUGUUGGCUUUCCUUGGACAGUGGUGCGAUCUGGGCUUUCGUGGCCCCAGCUCUGUUCAUUAUUGUGGUUAAUAUCUGUAUCCUCAUUGCCGUGACCAGAGUAAUUUCAAGAAUAAGUGCUGAAAAUUAUAAGGUGCAUGGAGAGGCCAAUGCAUUCAAAUUGACAGCUAAAGCAGUUGCUGUUCUACUCCCUAUCUUGGGAACUUCAUGGAUCUUUGGAGUCCUGGCAGUGAAUGACCAUACGUUGGUGUUUCAGUACAUGUUUGCAAUAUUUAACUCGUUGCAGGGGUUCUUCAUCUUUCUGUUCCACUGCCUCCUGAACUCAGAGGUCAGAGCUGCCUUUAAACACAAAACGAAGGUGUGGUCACUCACAAGCAGUUCCACCCGCAACAUCAAUGUGAAACCGUUCAAUUCUGAUAUUGUAACAGGGACCAGGCCUGCAACAACUCCAACAAAACUCAACACUUCUGACAAGAGCAGUCAUUUUGGCAACAGGAUCGAUCUCUCUGCUGUCUGACAUCUACCCUUGUUGGCCCUUCCUUCUGAUAGCCAGGCAAGCCGUGUCCUCAGGAUCUUUGAUUCAUUGCCUGUCUACUUAUUACUUUCGGAGAAUUUGUGCCCGUAAUUCCUCCCUGCUAAAUUGAGGAGGGAGAGAAUUGCCCAUUGGACUGAAUCAAUACUUCCAGCUUUUCUGGGCUUGGUGUGACCUCCUCUUGGCUGGGAGGGCUAGCUAUGGAAUAGCCAAGUGGCAUUUUACACUGGAUGGUCCUCUAAGCACUGGCAUGGUUUGCUCCCCUGAUGAAGCUGAGGAAGAUUCAUGGGGAAGAGCACUACAAUAUGAUCUCUGGAUCUGCAAAGCUAAAUUUUCUCAUGACGCUAACAUUGAGGGACUCUUGACCAGCUCUGCAUACACCAUUUGCAUUAGAUAGUUGAAGGAUAUAAAGGAGAAGCUAUGUCAGGAAACCUCUGGUCACAAGGCUCUGCAUUUGAAGUCUAACAUCGCAGAGGAAAGACAACUGGGAUCACAUCCUGUUUUCUGAGCUUGGCCUGGAGACCAACAGAAAUAGCAGAUGUUGUAUUUGUGCACCAAGUACAUCUGCUUGGUGGUUCCCAAGAACAUGCUAACACUGGUGGUGAUGGACACCCACAGCUUCAUUUCCUUGGAGGAGGUCUUCAUCUCAUCUGGAGGAAACACUUGUACUGGACCGUCCUAUCUUCCCAGAUGAGGCUCCGUGACUCUGCCAAGUACUGUUUGUAGACCAAACUGAUCUCUUCUUUGUUGAAAAUCACAGGAGCUUCGCUGUCCAUCUUGCCAGACAGAACAAAGCUUGAAUGUCAAACAGGAGCAUUCCCCCAAAAGCAAAAUGAAAUUAAAAAGACAAACAAACCCACCUCCGUAGAAAUGAACAACAAGGCAGAAAAAUUACUAUGAAGUGUCAGCCAGAUUGCAGCUGGGAUUGGGUGAUUAUCCACGGAUGUCAUUUUAAUUUUUUUAUUCCUUUUUCCCGAUAAGUAAAUGUUUGGUUUUUCCAGCAGUGAAGCGAUGUUGUACCUUUUGAAAAGAAAAGCAACACUUGAUUAAUUCGACAAAGGUCUCCCCGCCUUCCUUUAUGGAUUUUCCUAGUAUGGUUCCAUGGCUGAUCAAGUUCCAGACACUUCCUAAAUAUAGUGUAUCUUGGCGGUCUUAAGAACUAGAAGCUUGCUUUUUAAAAGGUGGAAGCCAAUAGGCUUGCUACCUACCGUGCACGGGACAAAAGAGAGAAGGUCAUUGCUAGAUGGAAGUUCAUGCUUUUCAUGCUAAUUCAAAGCCCAACAUGUCCAGAUGAAGCUAGAAAGGUGUUGCCUGACAGCCUGGAAAUACAUUAUCAGUCAUUGUAGAAAAUGGGCCAACCUGGUUGUCUAUCCAAUUUGCUCUUGGAAAGUUGGUCUUCUAUUAUCCAAGAGCUGGCAAUGAAAGGUAGGGGAGAAAGAGGCUAAACCAGAUCAGGACCUGGGUGUGCCAUGCUCCAGGCACAAUGCUGAUGAGAAAUGCACUCCUUCCUAUCAUGGAGUCUCCAUUUCCCACAGCUCCAUAGUCCCAUAUCCUCCUGCCCUCCCUUGAUUUCUUGAUUUUCAUGGAAUGCAGAAGUUAUGCCUUGAUGUGAUCCCACCUUCAGUUAUGCCUUGAUGUGAUCCCACCUUCAGUUAUGCCUUGAUGUGAUCCCACCUUCAGUUAUGCCUUGAUGUGAU